AUGCUUUUCGGCUUAACAAACGCACCCACCACUUUUUGUACAUUGAGUAACACCUUGGCGGAGCAUGUAGAGCAUUUGAAGAAGGUAUUCCAAGUCUUGCGAGAGAAUGACCUAUACAUCAAGUGGGAGAAGUAUGAGUUUUCCGAACAUGAAGUGCACUUCUUGGGAUAUGUCAUAAGCCACGGCAAGCAACGUAUGGACGAGGCUAAAGUUCAAGCUAUCAAGGAGUGGGAGGCGUCCACAAAGGUAACCAAACUUAGAUCUUUUCUUGGACUUGCUAACUAUUACCGCAGGUUCAUAAGUGGCUACUCCGACAAAGCCACUCUAUUGACCAAACUAUUGAAGAAGAAUAAGUUGUGGGUUUGGAGAGAGCAUUGUCGGAAGGCGUUUGAAGAGCUUAAGGCUAUCAUAACAGAGAAACCAGUCCUAGCAAUGCCUGACUUCUCCAAGACGUUUAGGUGCACAUGGAUGCUUCCGACUAUGCCAUUAGGGGAGUAUUGA